UGAACUUGUGUGGCAAAGAAUUCAGAUAGCCUUAGCUACUUCCAAAUCCUCAUAUUCUCUGCAAUCCAAUCAUCAUCAAUUCAUCAUACACACUCUCUCUCACACACACAUUCCAGAAAUCCAAAUUUCAGUGCAACCAAAUCACAGAGCCAAAACCUUCAAGCUUCCAUGGCAAACAUGGUUAUGGCUUCCUCAAAACCCCUCAUUCCUCCACUUCCCAUCUCCAAUUCCCUCCCCCCAACACCCAGACUCCAAAUCUCCCUCCCAAAACUCCCACUCAAACUCAAACACCAAAUCCCAAAUCUCAAAUCAUCCCUCUCUUCCCUUCUGGCGGCGAGCUCACUGUCACUACUCGCCUUUGCUCCACCAUCCCUGGCGGAGGAAAUCGAGAAAGCCGCGCUGUUCGAUUUCAACCUGACACUCCCGAUCAUAGUGGCGGAGUUUCUUUUCCUGAUGGUUGCUCUUGACAAGAUUUACUUCUCCCCGCUCGGGAAGUUCAUGGACGACAGGGACGCGGCGAUUAGGGAGAAGCUGAACAGCGUGAAGGACACUUCGUCGGAGGUGAAGCAGCUGGAGGAGCAGGCGAACGCGGUGUUGAAGGCGGCGCGUGCGGAGAUAUCGGCGGCGUUGAAUAAGAUGAAGAAGGAGACGCAGGUGGAGGUGGAGCAGAAGAUUGCGGAGGGGAGAUUGAAGGUGGAUGCUGAGUUGCAGGAGGCUCUUGCUAAUUUGGAGAAACAGAAGGAAGAGACUAUCAAGUCUCUUGAUUCUCAGAUUGCAGCUCUUAGCCAAGACAUUGUUAAAAAGGUUCUUCCUAGUGCAUAGUGAGUAGUGAGUACCAUCCAUCAUUGUAUUGUACCCUGCUUCUUCUUCCAUAAUAUAUAUAUAUAUUUCCAUAUUCUGUUCUAUGAUAACAAUCUUCUUUCUAUGUAUAAUCUGAAAUGAACGUCAAAUAUGGAUUCAUUGGAGCCAUA